CUCGAUGCUCAAUGUCUCGUCUUUGCCGCUAGCAGCCUACAUCUCGGAGCAUUUCCCGUGGCAAGGCUACUCUACGCCGCCCGAGACGUUUGCCAACUACAGCGACUUUAACACUGCGUUUCUCGCCCUCAACCAAAAACGCUACUCCAACACCACGCUGCCCGUGGGCACGACGUUCCUCAUGGACGACGCCCAGAACGCCCAAGUCGCCCGCACCAAACUCACGACGCAUUCGCAGCCAAUGAGCUUGGAUGGUUGCUUCGCGAGCUCGCUCAUGGGACUCCCAGGACUUGUCUUUUACACGAGCGCCAACAUGCAAAGCAUCUGCGCGGCGCUCAACAAUGAGUAUAUGUAG